AUGACGCAGCCAAAUGUUAGCUUGUUGGAUCUGUCUGAUGAAAUAUUACUUAUUAUUUUAAAGAAACUUGACAAUACGGAUGUUCUCUAUUCAUUAUUGGAUGUCGAUAAUCAACGACUUAAUACAUUAGUACAUGACAAAUCAUUCACUAACACUAUCAACUUUGUAUUGACAACGAUAACUGAUGAUGUUUUGUCGAUUGCUGAUUCAAUACUUGAUCAGUUUUGUAUUAGUAUACUUCCAAAAAUUGAUUAUACUAUUAAAUCACUUGUUCUUGAAUCAGAAUCUAUGGAACGUAUUCUUCUUUCUGCCGACUAUCCUAAUCUAACCGAACUUACACUCUACAAUGUUAACGACCAUAUUGUUUCACAUCAUUUUACAGUUGAAUCACCGUUUCGUCGUAUUUUUCAAGAACAGAUUACCGAUCUUAUUCUUGUAUAUAACAGAGAUAUACACACGUUAUCAAUGAAUCCGGACAGCAAAUACGUGUAUGAAUAUACACUGAAACUUUUUGAAAAUCUACAACACCUGUCUGUUAUUCAAUGUGGUCGACUUUUGUCUAUUGAUGAUUUAAGUUCGACUACGUGGCAAUCAAUAAAUCUUACCAAAUUAUACGUUGAUGUUUGGCGUUUUAACGAUUGCUUUGCGUUACUCGAUGGUCGUCUCAAACAAUUGAAUACAUUUAUUGUGAACAUUAAUUAUACAAGUGAUGAUUUAUCAAAUGUUUAUAAUAUGGAUGAUCUUCCUGAUAUGAAAUGUUUCUCAUUAACAUGUUGUUGCGAAACAAAUGAGUAUGAUACUCGAGUUUUGCCUCUUCUCCGUCGUAUGAUAAAGCUUGAAGAAUUAACGUUGGAUAUUACUAAUGACGAACGAACUUCAUUUAUCGACGGUACUCAAAUUAAUGAUGAAAUUCUUGUACAUAUGCCAUGUCUUCGUAAAUUUAUUUUUCAUAUCCGUACCAAAGUUGAACUACGUCAUUUAACUCAUUAUGCAUCGAACGAAGAUAUUCAACGAACUUUUACCAAUAUAGGAUAUCAACAAGUAUGCUGUGUACUAAACUACAUAGUUGGCAAUGUCAUAUGCCAUAUUUUCUCAUUACCAUUCGCAUUUGAUUAUCUUGGAUACAUUGGCAAUAUAUUUCCACCAAUAGACUUCAGUCGUGUUAAGGAGCUGGACGUACACGAUAAAAUUCCAUUCGAACAUGAAUAUUUUAUUCGAAUUGCACGCUUUUUUCCUUUGCUUAAAGAAUUAAGUGUUAUUAAUUUCGAAUCGCAGUCACAAACGAGAGACAAUUUAGUCUCGAACAAUGAUGAAUUGUAUCCAACUGUUGAAUAUCCAAAUCUUAUUUCACUUAGUUUCCAAUGUUCUCAUGUUGAUUAUGUCGAGCAAUUUCUCAAUGAGAGAAAAACACAUCUAUCACAUCUAACCAAACUAAUGGUCGAUUAUAAGAAAUUAAGAAUUGUAACAAAAAACUUCACAAGAAAUGCAACACGGCGUAACUGUGCUCAAGUGAAACAAUUAACUAUUGACAAAACAAUAAUGCAUACAAAAGAAUUCUAUAAUUAUUUUCCUCUCUUAUUAUUUUGUUUUUGUUAUGAUUAG